CCUCCAAAACGUGUCAGUCAACAAUCAAGCUCUUCCAUAGCAGUUCUAGCCAUGAGUUACGGCAAUUACGAUUCGUACAACACGACCUCCUACGGCGCCCAAGGCGGGGCGGGCGGUGGUGGAUUCAUACCUGGAGAUGGCAGUCAGAAUAGUCCCAGCGGCAACAAAGGCUAUGGCAAGGACACACUAAGACCUGUCACCAUCAAGCAGCUCAUCGACGCGCAGCCGAUGCACCAGGAAGGCGAAUUCAAAGUAGACGGCGCUGAGAUCACAACGAUCACCGUAGUCGGCCAGAUUCGCAACAUCUCCGUGCAGACGACAAACAUCACGUACAAACUCGACGACGGCACUGGCACAAUCGAAGUGAAGAAAUGGGUGGAUUCCGAUGCGGCUCAAAACGGAUCAGAGACUAAGCUUGCAGACAACAUGUACGUUCGAGCAUGGGGGAAGCUAAAGUCAUACGGCAACAAGCGACAUGUCGGCGCAACUGUCAUCAGGCCAAUCGCAGACCACAACGAGAUAUCGUACCACUUGCUCGAAGCCACGGUUGUCCAUCUCGAGCUGACUCGCGGCCCUCCGGACUCAGCAAGCAAGGGCGCGAAUACCAAUGGUGCUCAAGGGUACCAGCAGUUAGGAUAUGGAGCUGCGGAUGACAUGGGUCCUACCGGCGGGAUGAGUGCAACAGCGAAAAAGGUCUACCAGUGCCUCAAAACGACACCUCAAACGAACGAGGGACUUCACCAACAGGACAUCGCUGCCCGAUUAAACCUUGACAUUGCCGAAGUGUCCAAAGCCGGAGACGACCUUCUGCAGCUGGGGGUGAUCUACACGACUGUCGACGAUGUCACAUGGGCCGUUCUCGAGAUGGAUUAGGGCAACAUCUACUGGCGUUAUGGAUUUGGGCUUUGGGAUGUUGAGUGUAGCGUAUUUCUGCACGAGGAAAUAGUUACCCCACUAAUUGAGGGUGGAAGCAUGAAUGUCUAUGUGCUUAACGACUCGACACUGCGUUCGUAGAGAGAAACAGAACGCAUGCUGCUACGAUAGCUGACGCCACAACCGUGAAAACCUUUUG